AUGUACUGGCCAUUUGGCGUUCCAAGGCUCUUGCACUGUACGGAAACUCCGACACCUGCGCCGGCUUCACCUCCUGUGGCAGGAUCGACGCCGUCGUCGCCGAGGCCUGACGACGACUCACAGCCUGUAUCAGCACAAUUAGAUGAGGAGAAGAACGACGAGCAUGGUGAUGGCAUUAUCGCCCUCGAACGCUUCAGAUCAGCUCAAUUGUUCGCAACACUAACAGCUACGGAAGUUUCAAUAUGGCAGAUCAAGCCAACAGCAAUAUGCUCCCGCCUCGUCCGCUCGCAGAAAUCCUUAUCGCAAUACGGUCCCAACACCUCCCUCCACAUCCGCCCCGACGGCACCUCCCUCGCACUCCGUACCUCACGCGACUACCUCCUCCUCUACACCCUCCUCCACGACCCCGCGAUCCCCUCUCUACAACUGCAUACCCCUUCCUCGCAUUUGCACUCGAGGAGUACGUUCAGUGAUGCGAGGGGUGUGGGGAUGGUUGAUUUAAGAUUCAAGAUGUCGGUUAAGAUCGAUGCGGGGAUCGCUGGGUGUUGUGUGGGUGAUGAUGAGUUGGUGGUUAGUACGAGGUCGCCAAGUGCUGUUCAGUGCAUACCGUGGCCUUCUUCCAGCCCUGGUGCUGUCAAUAUCAAACCGGUGACCGAGGCGGUGAGGCGGAUGGAGUGGGUGAAGCAGCCGGUUGUGGCGGGUGAGAGGGUUGUGGUUACGGGGAUGGUUUACGAUCGUGCGAUGGAUAUUUAUUGUUUCUUGACAGGGACGGGAGAGGUGUAUCUCGUUCAACGACUCGCCAAAAUCGGAGGAAAGGCGUGGCGGGGGCAUUUAUUCCACGACGCGGAUCCCGCAGCGGGUGCCAAACCCACCCACGCCGUCAUCAACGCCCGGUUCUCGCUGGUUGCGAUCGGAAGCGAAGACGGUUCCCUACAAGUCUACCACAUCAAGAACUAUGACGGCGAGGUGGAGAGAUCGCACUCCCUCACCCUCCGUGCCGCGGCGUCGAAUGUUGGUGCGCAGACGGGAGCUGUGAAAACGAUGGCGUGGACGGAAGACGGGUGUGCGAUUUUUGUGGGGUAUGAGAGGGGAUGGGGGGUUUGGAGUGUGUAUGGGCAUGCGGUUGUGAGCUCGUUUACUGACUCGGACGUCUCACGAGAUAAAGAAGAUUUCAUGCGUGGGGUGAGGGAUGCGGUUUGGGCUGGAGCUGAGCUUGUUAUGCUCUCCGCUGAAAUUGACGCUGACGCCGAGGUCAGUGGUGAAAGGAGACGGCUGUGGACGCUGCCUUUCGCCUACCUUGCUUCACUGCCGCAGCUUUCGUCACCGCACCCACUUCUCCUCACCUCUACACACGUCCACGUCUACCGCGCCGCAUCUCUCCCUCAUACCUCCCUCGCACCGCUAAAUCCUGACGCAGCAUCGACAUUGUGGCAGUCAUCAGCUAUCCCGGCGCCUUACCUUCGCGAUGCUGGACCUGUGAGGUGGGCGUGUGUCAGUGAGGAUGGGAGGUAUGUCGCCGUUGCCGGACGCCGUGGCUUAGCGCAUUUCUCAGUGCGUAGUGGAAGGUGGAAGGUUGCGAUGCCGAAUACGAGUGGUGGGGAGGUGGACUGGACUGUUAGGGGUGGUGGUGGGUGGAUCGGGCAUGUUUUGGUCGUGGGAGUGGAAGGGCCUGGUGGGCAGCAUAUGGUUCGGCUUUAUUCCAGAGAGCUUACCAUUGAAGAUGCGUCAAUCCUGCACACUGAGAAACUUCCAGCGGCGAUUCAGACUGUUACGGUUUUGGGUGAUGCUGGCGUGUUGGUUUACGCGCAUGACAACACGUUAUAUCACUACGUUAUCGUGGCUUCGUCACGGCUUGGGAGCAGCAGCAAUAAGUGGAGACUACAGCUUGUUGGACAGGUUGGGUUGAGUGGUAUCGUUCAUGCACCGGCACGGGUACGUGCUCUGAGCUGGGUAGUGCCAGAGGAGCAGAGUCGUGCGGGCGAUCCGGGGAAUGAUGCGCUGGUAGCUACGUUGACCCUCUUGGUGGAUGGAGAGUUGGUUCUGCUAUCACCACGUCCGGCGAGCAGAGAAGAUGGCGCCGGAAACAGCAGUGAUCAGGAAGUGCGGUACGACAUGCGAAAGGCGUCGAGGCAUGUAGAGUGGUUUGCGUUGAUGCCACAGGUGUCGCACGGUAUAAGCGAGAUGAGGGGAUCAUUGUGGGCCUAUGAUGGGAAGCACGUGAAGGUCUGGACGGAUUUGGACGCCUUGGACAACUGCGUGGAUGUUACCCCGUCCGACUUUUACCCGAUUGUGACGUUGAUGGAUAAGGCUCUGCUGGUGGGUAUUGAAUCUGAAACUGUACAGCGGCGAAAUCUGGAUUUCACGACGUUCCGGUAUACAACCGGCGCACACCUUUUCCUACAUCACGUCCUGCGACGACAACUUUCCUCCAAGCCAACACGGCAGAAGAUGUGGAGUUCGUUUACGCGUGACGCCUUGAUGUUGGCGUCGAGGUAUCAGCAUUUGCCGUACUUUGAGCAUAUCCUCGAACUCCUUCUUCAUGAGAUCUUGGAAGAUGAGGCGGAUAAGCGGGAUUUGGAUCCCAGUGAAGAAGUUUUGCCGAGGGCGAUCGGGUUUUUGUCGAAUUUUGAGGAGUAUUUGGAUGUUGUCGUUGGGUGUGCGCGCAAAACUGAGGUUAUGUGUUGGGAUAAGUUAUUCAAGAUAGUUGGGAGCCCAAAGGAGUUAUUCGAGCGCUGCAUGGAACAAGGCAAAUACAAGACUGCCGGAGCAUAUCUUGUCGUCCUACAUACCCUCGAGAAGCUCAAGGACAGUAGUCAAGACACCGUACGCCUCCUCGCAAAAGCAAUCGAAGUCGCCGAUUGGGACCUAGCAAAGGAACUGGCGAGGUUCUUGAUGUCCUUGGACAAGACGGGAAAAACGCUCAAACAGGCACUGGCACUGGCUGGUGAGCCGAUCGAGUACUCGGUGCGUGAGGAUGAGGAGUUCAUGUUGGAGCAAGAACAGGCACAGGAGUCGUACCCGAGUUCGGGCACGGACGCAUUGGGCAUACAAGGGUUGACAUUACAGUAA